AUGGGCUCUCAGUCAUCACUGAAUGACAUAUCAAAUGCUAUCAGACAAGAAAUAAUACGGUUUGAGAGUGUCCAUCCUAAUAUCUAUGCUAUAUACGAUCUUAUCGAUGCGGUUGAUGAUAAAAAUAUAGCCGAGUCAUUACGUCAAUUAGUUGUAUCGAUUGAAGAUGCUUUUGUCAAUAGUCAGGAAUGGACUCUAAGUAAUGCUGUCCCAGGAAUCAAGCUGGGAUUGCUCGGUUCUGUUCAAAGUGGGAAGUCUGCAUUAGUGCAUCGAUAUCUUACUGGAGCCUAUGUUCAUGACGAAUCUCCAGAAGGUGGAAGGUUCAAGAAAGAACUAUCUUUAGAUAAUCAAAGUCACUUGCUGCUGAUUCGCGAUGAGGGUGGUCCUCCCGAUCUUCAAUUUAGUCAGUGGAUUGAUGGUGUUAUAUUUGUGUUUAGCCUGGAAAACGUCGAAAGUUAUCAGACUGUCUACGAUUAUUACGCUCGCCUUUCGACCUACAGGAACACUAACAAUUUACCUAUGAUGCUUGUUGGAACCCAAGAUUCUAAUUGCGAACCGUAUGUACGAGUAAUUGAUGACGCUCGAGCCCGAAAGCUAGCCAGUGAUCUUAAGCGCUGUGCCUACUAUGAAACAUGUGCAGCUUACGGUUUGAAUGUAGAACGGGUUUUCCAAGAUGCAUGCCUAAAAAUACUUCAGUUACGCACUUCUAGUAAUUCGCCUGUUCCAAGACCUCUUACACCACAGUUAUCAUCAAAUUCACAACAGAGACCAUGUGCUAACAGUCCUGUUGAGGGUGCACCUCUAGUGGGCAUUAGUCAGUCUCAACAAUCAUUAUUUUCUAAUGCUGUUAAUGCUCGGGAAGGUCCUACUAUUGUGAAAAACCCUGAAAAUAAUAAGGCUGAAAAUAACGAAUCACUUACACCUAGCAGUACUCCAACACAUUCACGAAAGAAUAGACGAAAAUCCAAUCUAUUUCAAAAACGUAACGACGAUGAACGAGAAAGAGAAAAGAAGUUGAAUGGGAUAGGAAGUGGUCGUGCUAUCCCUCUGAAACAAGGAUUUUUAUAUAAACGAACUUGUAAACCACUGAGCAAAGAAUGGAAAACAAAGAAAUAUGUGACCUUAACUGAUGAUGCUCGUCUCACUUAUCAUCCAAGUAUUCAUGAUUAUAUGGAUAAUACACAUGGUAAAGAAAUUGAUUUAAGUCGGACAACUGUCAAAAUUCCUGGUGUAGCCUUCCGUCAGGUAGGCAGUCGAAUCACAAGUAACGGUUUGCUGAGAAGUCAACUCAAUGAAGCUGGAACAGAUCGACGGUCCACCGGUACGGCGGAUGCAAAAAGUCCUGAGAAUCCAGCUUCUACUAAUGAUAACCAAACAUCAGGUGGUAAAGAUUCCUCAUCUGUUAAAAAGCGUCAUCGACGUAUUAAAUCCAAUCCAAAGAGUAGUAAUGCUGAUGGUUCAGAUUCUGAAGGUUAUGAAUUCCAGUUAAUAUCUAUGGAUCGCCAAUGGCAUUUUGAAGCAACUGGCCCAGAUGAACGAGAUGAAUGGGUGAUGCAUAUUGAACGGGCUAUUAUGACUAGACUUCAGUUGAAUGAAUCCAGUAAACGUACUCGAGCUGUUGCAGCAGCUGCUGCGGCAUGUAAUGCAACUGGUGGUUCUAAUCACACCUCGAAUAUCAGCGGGCUUACUUCAUUAGGAAGUGGUGGUGGUCGUCAUGGUGGGGCUGACUCGAACAGUUUGAAUUCUAGUCGAUGUGGUGCAGGAGAUGCUAAUGAACUGGCUGUCACUGAACAUCUAAUACAGAAUAUACGCGCGGCUGCAGGGAACGACUACUGUGCAGAUUGUGGUGCUCCAGAACCAGAUUGGGCAAGUUUAAAUCUGGGCGCUAUGGUCUGUAUCAGUUGCAGUGGUAUACAUCGACAGUUGGGGACGCAUAUUUCCCGGAUACGUUCUUUACACUUAGAUGAAUGGUCGACUGAAUCUGUUGCUGUGAUGGGGGCUAUUGGGAAUACGCUAGCUAACUCUGUUUGGGAAGCUGCAGUACCUGUAAAUGCAGGGAAUCGGCGGAAACCUGAUUCUUCAAGUUCUCGUGAAGAGAAAGAAAUUUGGAUUAGAGCAAAAUAUGAACGUCAAGAAUUUCUACCUCCUUUACCGUAUCCUGAUGCUCCAUUACAACAACAGCUGAUUGAUGCUAUAGCUCGUCAAGAUACACGACAGGUUAUUCUGUGUUUAGCACUGGCUACGCCUGAAACAGUAAAUGCAGCUUAUUCACGUCAAGAUCCACGAGCAGCGAUACACAUUGCUGCUACACUUGGUAAUCUAGUUUACUUACAAUUACUUUUAUGGUAUAAUGGUGAUCCAACUGUAACUGAUCAUGAAGGCCGAAACGCCUUCUAUUAUGCUCAUUGUUCGCAAAAAUAUGAUUGUGCUGAAUUCCUCCUGCGGAAUGGUUGUCCAAAACAAUUAGUACCGCCUAUCCCACCACCUCCUGUUAUGCCAACACUACGUUCAUCUCAGAAUAUGAUGUCACAACAAAUUGUCCAACCACAUUCCAUAGUACACCCACCAUUACUACCGACUGGUGGGGCGAUGUCAUCUGUCGUUGUUGCAGACUUAAGUGGUGGUGGUGGUGGAGGAGGAGGAGGGAAUUCAGGUGUUCCACAACCUCAUCAUUUCUCUCAUCUUCAACAGCAUCAAUCGUCUACUUCUGUUGGUGCUUCUGGACAUUUAACCGGACAAAUGCCUUCUUAUCAUCCAAUGACAUCAGGGACUAUUGCAACGAAUCAACAAAUUGCUCAAGGUUCAAAUCAUCCUCUUGUAUCCGUGUCUGGAACAAUGUACACUGGAAAUGUAAAUCAAGCUUUAGGCGCUACACUUCCUCGUCGACGGGCGCCUGUUGGUCCAUUCUCCUCAAAUGCAGCCCCUCCAACUCUCCAAUUGUAUCCACGACCCAAUAUGCAUCAACAGAUUUCUGUUGGUAAUAGUAGUAGCAGCGGUAAUACACAUCGGCCGACUUCUUCUGUUAUCCCUUCUGUCACUCGACCGAUAACACCGAGUGGUGCUGGUGUUGGCGGUAUGCUUCGAACAUCGUCUAUUGUCAGCUCAUCAUCACAAUUACAAUCACAGGCACCGCAUACACGUUCCGGGUCGAAUACUGCCGGUGCGGCGGCUGCGGCUGCUGCGAACACCUCCACUUUAACACAGCCUUAUAUUACAAGUAGUCAAGAAGUUGGUCUUUGA